AUGUCCUCUUCGGCAGAGAAAAAGAUCUUGGUGCUGGAGAAUACCGGUCGUCGUGAUGCGUUAAUUGCAAUUGAAAAAAAAUACCAGAAGAUUUGGGCUGAAGAGCAUCUCUUCGAGCUGGAUGCACCAUCAAUCGAUGAUGAGCCAAUUAGCAUGACCACAGAGGAAUUGCAUGAAAAAUAUCCAAAAUUUAUGUCUUCUAUGGCUUAUCCUUACAUGAACGGUGUUUUGCAUGCGGGACAUUGUUUCACAUUGUCGAAGGUUGAGUUUUCCAUAGGAUUCGAGAGAAUGAAUGGUAAGAGAGCUUUGUUUCCGUUGGGCCUUCACUGUACCGGUAUGCCUAUUCUUGCAUGUGCUGAUAAGUUGAAGAGAGAGGCGGAAAUGUUCGGAACCGAUUACUCUAACGCACCAGUGGAUGAGGACGAGGAGCCAGAAAAGGGAGUAGAACAAGAAUCCGAAGACGUGACCAAGUUUAAGGCCAAGAAAUCCAAAGCUGCCGCAAAAAAAGGUCGCGGUAAGUAUCAAUUUGAGAUCAUGUUACAAUUAGGCAUCCCAAGAGAGGAGGUCUACAAAUUUGCAGACGCCAAGUACUGGCUGACAUAUUUCCCACCUUUGUGCCAAAGGGAUUGUAGCUCGUUUGGUGCCAGAAUCGACUGGAGACGUACUUUCAUCACCACUGAUGCCAAUCCCUACUAUGAUGCGUUCAUUAGAUGGCAAAUGAACAGGAUGAGAGAGGCUGGAAAGAUCAAAUUUGGCGAGCGUUACACUAUCUUCUCCGAAAAGGACGGCCAAGCUUGCAUGGACCACGAUAGACAAUCCGGUGAAGGUGUCACCCCACAAGAAUAUGUCGGCAUCAAGAUUGAAGCCACAGAAUUCGCUCCAGAGGCUAAAAAAUUAGUAGAAUCUAACUCAAAGAUUGAUAGAGCUAAAAAGAUUUACUUCGUGGCAGCGACUUUGAGACCAGAGACUAUGUACGGUCAAACGUGUUGUUUCGUGUCUCCAAAGAUUGACUACGGUAUUUUUGAUGCUGGAGAUUCCUAUUAUAUCACCACCGAGCGUGCUUUUAAGAACAUGUCAUAUCAAAAAUUGACUCCCAAGAGAGGUUCCUAUAAGCCUGUCAUGACCAUAAAUGGUAAGGCUUUGAUUGGUACAAAGAUCCAUGCUCCAUUGACUCCAUACAAAGAAUUGAGAAUUUUACCAAUGGAAACCGUUAUCGCAAGUAAGGGUACAGGUGUCGUUACUUGUGUUCCUUCAAAUUCCCCUGAUGAUUUUAUGACCACCAAAGACUUAAGAAACAAGCCUGAGUAUUAUGGUAUCCAACCAGAAUGGGUACAGUACGACCCUGUUCCUAUUAUUCAUACUGCCAAGUAUGGAGAUUUAAUCGCUCAAGCUAUCUGUGAGGAGAAGAAAAUCCAAUCUCCAAAGGACGUCAAUCCGCUUGCCGAGGCUAAGAAGCUCGCUUACAAGGAAGACUUCUACUCCGGUACUAUGAUCUACGGUAAGUACAAGGGUGAAAAGGUUGAAGUCGCUAAGAACAAAGUUAAAGGUGAUUUGAUUGCCUCAGGCGAGGCAUUCGUGUAUAAUGAACCUGAGUCUGUUGUCAUCUCACGUUCGGGGGACGAAUGUAUCGUUUCCUUGGAAGACCAAUGGUAUGUCGAUUAUGGUGAAGAAGCCUGGAAAGCACAGGCUCUAGAGUGCUUAGAGGGUAUGAAGCUUUUUGCUCCUGAGGUCAAAAAUGCGUUUGAAGGUGUCCUAGAUUGGCUGAAGAACUGGGCCGUUUGUCGUACCUAUGGUCUGGGUACUAAAUUGCCAUGGGAUCCUAAGUAUCUGGUGGAGUCACUUUCUGACUCCACUAUCUAUCAGGUCUUCUAUACCAUUGCUCAUCUGCUCUUUAAAGAUUUCUAUGGUAAUGAGGUUGGUCCACUAGGUAUCACGGCUGAGCAGAUGACCGACGAAGUGUUUGAUUACAUUUUCCAACACAAGGAUGAUAUUACAUCUUCAGAAAUUCCUUUGGAAUCAUUGCAAAAACUAAGGAGAGAAUUCGAGUACUUCUACCCAUUAGACGUCUCCAUUUCCGGUAAGGACUUGAUUCCAAACCAUCUAACCUUUUUCAUAUAUUCUCACGUUGCUUUAUUCCCCAAGAAGUUCUGGCCAAAGGGUAUCAGAGCAAAUGGUCACUUAAUGUUGAACAACGCGAAAAUGUCUAAAUCUACUGGUAACUUUAUGACUUUGGAAGAGAUGGUUGAGAAGUACGGUGCUGAUGCGUCACGUGUUGCCUUGGCUGAUGCCGGUGAUACAAUGGAGGAUGCUAACCUCGACGAGUCUAACGCCAAUGCUGCCAUCCUAAGACUCUUCAACUUGAAGGAAUGGGCUGAGGAGAUUGUCAAGGAUGCGGACUCGCUAAGAUCUGGCGAAAUCACUGACUUCUUCGAUUUGGCUUUUGAAAACGAAAUGAAUGCUUUAGUUGAAGAGACGUACAAGCAGUACGACCUGACCAACUACAAGAAUGCCUUGAAGUUCGGCUUGUUUGAUUUCCAAGCUGCAAGAGACUACUACCGUGAAGCAUGUGGUGUGAUGCACAAAGAUCUGGUUCUGCGUUAUAUUCGUGAACAGGCUCUUUUGUUAGCCCCCAUUGCUCCACACUUUGCUGAGUAUAUAUACCGCGAGGUGCUAGGCAACGCGGGCUCUGCUCAGACUGCCAAGUUUCCUCGAGCCACGAAGCCAGUGAAUAAAGCCAUUCUCGAGGCUUUGGAAUAUGUGAGGUCUGUGCAAAGAAGUAUCAGAGAGGCUGAAGGUCGUGCUUUGAAGAAGAAAAAAGGUGGUAAGCCUGCUGAGAUUGAUGCCUCCCAACCUGUUAGAUUGACUUUGCUCAUUUCAAAAUCGUUCCCAGAAUGGCAAUCCCGCUGCGUUGAGAUUGUCAGUCAACUUUUCGCUCAGCAAUCCCUGGAUGACAACAAAAAGGUUAGGGAAUUGGUUGAACCGAAGGAAAUGAAGCGUGCUAUGCCUUUCAUUUCGCUUUUGAAACAACGUUUAGCAAAUGAACCCGCUGAGGUUGUCUUCCAAAGAGAACUUCUAUUCAAUGAAAUUGAAACCGUCAAGAGAACUAAGGUCAUUUUGCAGAAAGCGGCCCAAGGUAUCAAGGUUACCGAACUGGUUGCCAUUGCGUUUCCACAUGGUGCGAAGACUGGUACGGACAUUUUCACUGGCCAGGAAGUGGAAGUUCCAAACCAACCCAAGAUUGUUGAAAACUCCGUUCCUGGUAAUCCAGGGAUCGUCCUAACGAACAUUUAA